GAGGCUAAGAGAGGGGCUGGAAAUAAGAUCUCGUCUUCUAUUCCCCCCCACCCCAGACACACCCUCCCUCUUGUGCCUGCUUUUCAACACACCACCUCCCUGAGACAAACUUUAGCCAGAUUGAGCUUUGAGCUGAAUCAGGGGGAAAUCUUCUUCUUUUUCAGUUGGAAAAUAGCGAAAUGGAGAGGAAGAUCCGAAAGGAGGUCUGUGACCCCCUCUCAGGUUAGGCGCAAUCAAAGAAAAUCUGGGAUUUGCCCAGGGCAGAGAAAUUAAACACACCUUUCCAAAAGGCACUUCAGGUUUUGAUACUGGAGGAAAACCUCACAUCACAUCGGAGGAAGAGUUCAUCACAGCCUGCCAGAAGCAGGAAAGCAGCAGGAUACAGGACGUAGUCAAGCUCUGCUCUCCUCACAAUUCAAAAUCUUCCGGGUUAAAAAAGGGCAAAGAAGUGACAUUGACUUGGCCACGCCCACCCAGUCACCUUACCACCAAGCCCCGCCCACUAAUUAAGCCCCGCCUACAGAACCGAUAGCAAAAAAAUUUAGAUUUCACCCCUGGACCAUCCCCAGAAAAACCAGGAAUUUGUGACUUUUUACUCCUGACAUUUCUGAAAAUGGAUUUUCCUGUGGAAGGUCUUUCAUCCUCUGUUUUCUAGAGAUUGUGUUCAGCGUCCACCUUCUCGUAUCCCUCUGAAAAAUCCAUAGGCCUGAAUCUGUGUUGAUCCCAAAAACUGACAUUCAAGAGGUGUGUUUCUUCUGAAUCUAGGAAUUGUUCAGGUGGCAUUUAAUCACUGGAAAAGAGGGGGGAUGAAAAGAAAAUGCUUUCUCAAGAAGCUAUCGCUGGCCUUUUUUCAAUAAUUCUGUGUCUUGCAGGAAACAUCUCACUCACAGCUGGUCAGCCGAACUGCGUUUGUAUGCAAUCGGUAUGUUCAGAAAAUUUCACAUGCUCAGGAGAUUGGUGUUUUGUAAGCAAACACUUGGAGAAUGGGAAAACGAUCGAUAAGAAAGGCUGCCUGAAGGAAGCAAAUGAAUUUUGCUGGGGCUCUAUCACAAAAACCUACGGCAUAAAAUGCUGCCAGGGCAACAUGUGUAAUUUCAAUCUUUCCAUCUGGCUAAUAGAUGAAGGUCUGCCUGAAGAGGGCCCAUCUUUGAAGAACCUUCUCCUGAUGAUCCUGGUUCCGUUGUUUGCUAUUUUAAUUCUCAUUAUAUUAAUUGGUCUCUUUGUCUGGAAGUGGGCCCAAAGCCGGCGGAGACAUAUGCCAUUUGGGUCUAAUGAAGGCGACGUGGAUUUUAUGCUGAAGAACUCUCUGGCUGGGGACAGCACUUUAGAAGUCUUGCUGAAUGAUGACUGCACUACUGGAAGUGGCUCUGGGCUGCCCUUUCUAGUCCAAAGAACUGUGGCUCGGCAGAUCACCUUGGUUGAAUGCGUUGGCAAAGGACGCUAUGGGGAAGUGUGGCGUGGUACUUGGCAUGGGGAGAACGUGGCGGUCAAGAUUUUCUCUUCCCGUGAUGAGCAGUCAUGGUUCCGUGAGACUGAGAUUUACAACACGGUGCUGCUAAGGCAUGACAACAUCUUAGGAUUCAUUGCGUCAGACAUGACAUCACGGAAUUCAAGUACUCAGCUCUGGCUAAUCACCCACUACCAUGAGCAUGGCUCCCUCUAUGAUUACUUGCAAUGCACAGUGUUGGACGUGGAGACCUGCUUGCGUCUGGCCACCUCGAUCAUCUGUGGGCUCGUUCACCUGCAUGUCGAGAUCUUUGGCACCCAGGGCAAGCCAGCCAUUGCUCAUCGGGAUCUGAAAAGCAGGAAUAUCUUGGUCAAGAACAAUAAGCAGUGCUGCAUUGCUGAUUUAGGAUUGGCAGUCAUGCAUUCCCAGAGCAAUGAUUACUUGGAUAUUGGGAACAAUCCACGGGUGGGCACCAAACGCUAUAUGGCACCUGAAGUUUUGGAUGAACAGAUUCGUAUGGACUGUUUUGAAUCCUUCAAGCGGACAGACAUCUGGGCUUAUGGUCUGGUCCUGUGGGAGGUAGCCCGAAGAACCAUUGUGAAUGGGAUUAUUGAAGAUUAUAAACCUCCUUUCUUUGACUUGGUUCCAGUCGACCCCAGCUUUGAAGACAUGAAAAAAGUGGUUUGCAUUGACCAGCAGACACCCACCAUUCCAAAUCGGAUGUUCUCUGAUCCGGCUUUAUCUUCCCUAGCUAAGAUCAUGAAAGAAUGCUGGUUCCAGAGUCCCUCAGCAAGACUCACAGCUCUGAGGAUUAAAAAGACAUUGAAAAAACUCAGCACCUCCUUCCACAAACCCAAAUACUCUCCUAACUUCUAGGAGCAGAGAUUGGAUUUCUGGCUCCUUGGCUCAAAGGAAGUUCAAGGUCACCCCUUCAAUGUUUCCUGCUGGUCCUGGCCUCUGUCUGUGGCUUCAACAGACCUCCUUUGAAGCUUGACCAAGAGGAUUUGGACUAGAGCUCUAUAGCUCAAACUGACCCUCUGCAGGAAGUUUCACAGAACAGAUGACAGCUUCUGGAAUCCUUAAUUUGUUCCUGUAGCAACAAAAGGGAGGAGGGGCCUACCCACUUCUUGCAGAAUGUACAUUAAUAUAAAUACUCCCUGGAUCUGUAACCUGACGCCAGCCCGUCUCGCCACCAAAUCCUGAAAAAUGGGAGGGAUCCCAUUUGCAAAGAACACAGCUGCUAUGCCCAAAGGGUUGGCUGCCUUUGAAACGCCAGUUAAGGAUCAUUUGCAAAGGUAGUGUUUAGAUUGAACGUAUAAAAUCUGUACGUGCCUCUAGCUUUGUGUGCAUGCAUGUGCAUGCAUGUGUGCAGAGGAGCCAUUUCAAAAGCGCCUACAAUGGUUUAAAGGGAUAGGCACAACUAUGCAAGCCUUUGUACCAGCUCAAUCUGAGACCGCUAUGGAGAUACGACAGUUUUUUCUAUCUGUAUGUGAACAUGGAAAUCUGUCUAGAUGGUCAGUGUGAUAUUGCUUUGCUUGUAUGUAGUCAUGAUUUUUUUAUAUAUAUAAGCUGGAAUUUAGUAGCACAAGGCUCCAAAAUGGCUUUCCAUCCUGUAACUGAUUUUAGAACCAGCCCUGACUAGCCCUGUCAUAUAAUCCCUGAACAUGGUUAGUAGAAACAGGGAUAGCAACCAUGCUGAAUGGAGCUGGCUUUGCUCUCUGUGGAUGGAAGACAACUACCGGUAGUGAAUACACACAUAUACACACAGAGUCAGGGAAUUGCACAGCAGAUGUCCAAAUGAAGUCAGAGACGCUGACAUGAAUUUGUAGUUUUAUAUAAAUAAAUAUAUAUUUACAUCUAUAUUUGCAGCAAACAAGAUAGUCAGACUAACAGGGGCAUCAUGAAGUAAAUCACAGAGCAUACAGGAUACAUGGAAGAAAAAGGCGGGAAAACAAAGAAACUCCCCCUUUACAUCCACAGUAUCCAAUCACAGCAUAGAUUGCCUCACGCAGGAGCCAGCGCUCUCCAACCAAUCUACUAUAACUCUGUCUUCUGGCUCAUUGCACAACCCCACUGCUCUAGCUAUUACAUUUAAAUACCUUAGCACACACACAUAGGAUGCGAUUUUUUCUGCAUUUGAGCCCAGCAAGAAUUAAGCAUCACCAACACUAUUGUUCAGCCAUUGCAGUUUUUCUUAGGAGCCCUCAAAGGUUUUAGACAAUUUGGAACCAAGGUGAAUGUCCAAUGGUUGGAUUUGCAUAUGACUACCUCAAUUGAAUUUUGAGAAAUUUCAGUAUGCAAAUGCAAUAAAAGGCAAAAGUCUAACCAAAUAAAAUGAUGGGAACUUCACCCUAUUGAUUUUAAGAUGGGAGCGGGGGGGGGUGGGUGAGAGGAAUGCAUCCUAUCUAAAAUAUAAGCUGGGUCAAACAUUACUCUUUCCACCUGAUGUUACUGUACUACAUGGAUGAGUUGCAAUAGCUGUAAGCUUCACAAACCCUGUGUGCAAACUGAGUCCAAUAGUUAAACUGAGAUGAGUAGAUUCAUUCUUGACAUGCUGGAUACAUCUACAAGUGAACAAAUUGCAAAUGCCAAGGCCUGUCCUUGUAAAAUGACUAUUUUGAAUAAAAGGGUGGAAGGUGGAAAAAGUUUUCAACAUUUUAAUCAGGCCUAAGACUGAACUUCUGAAUAGCCUAUUACAAGAGAAGACAAAACAUUAACAGGCAAGCAAUGGGGAAGGCCUGUUCAUUCAACUGAGUUGUGGUAACAAUCUCCAAGGAAUUAGCUUUCUAUGCCAUAAAAAUGUAUAUCAGCAUAUAAUAUAUAUGCAGGAUAGCUGAGUAGAACUGAGUGAAAAACUUGCUUUAAGAUCAUUACUAAUUUGCACAGAAAUUAUUUUUGUAUUUAUUAAACAUGCUCGAGAGGGGGAGGGGAGGGAAUCACCAGUCUUGUUGCUUGCAAAAACGUUCCAAAAUAACUGGCUGCAGACAAAGAUUCUGUAAUGGGGAGAAGGAUGAGAAGCACAAAUUAACAAAAGAGGACAAGGAGUUUCAGGGGGGGAAACAGUUUUUUUUUUAAAAAAAGCUACAUCUCCACUCAGAGACCACUUAAAUCCCAUUAGGACUAACAGGAGUCAAGUGUUCUAAAUGCACUCCAAGAUGGCAAGUAAUAAUUAAACUAUGCCUUUUCUUUCAGCUCAUGCAAAUGAGUGGUGCAUGCAAGCUUGCUGGAUUACAGUAGUUUAAAAAAAGAGGGGAAAAACAUUUGUUGAGGGAUAUGGAUAUGUCCAAUCAAUCAACUGAACUGGAAUCUGAAUUCAGGAUUUCCUCUGUGAAACAUCUGCUUGUCAAAGUCUUUUUGCCAUCAUAUACUUUAAUAAGACUGAUUGAAAAUAUAUCCAUGAUAUUGAGCUGUGGUGGCGCAGUGGUUAGAGUGCAGUACUGAAGGCUACUUCUGCUGACUGCUGGCUGACUGCAAUUUGGCAGUUCAAAUCUCACCAGGCUCAAGGUUGACUCAGCCUUUCAAAGUGGGUAGAAUGAGGACCCAAAUUGUUGGGGCCAAUAUGCUGAUUCUGUAAACCACUUUGAGAGGGCUGUAAAGCACUGUAAAGUGGUAUAUAAGCAAAAGUGGCUAUUGGUAUUGCUAUUGCUAUUGCUAUACUGGGAAAUUAGUCCCACUGAUUUUCAGGAAAUUGCACGCAUAAUGGUUUUUGGCUUUUAGAUGCACACAGUAUUUUAUAUAUAACCUAAAAAUGUCAGGAAUAAAACAUACAGUAAUAAAAAAUGGUUUUGCAGCUAUACUUAUCAUAUACUAAUCAGAGGCAGGAUUAGCUGCAGAUUGCUUGACAAAUGUACGGUUUGUCUUGGGUUCCAUCCUGAUCACUUGGGAUAAAGGUGGGAAAGUUAAUUCUCUGCAACCGAGGAAGAGCCACUGCGAGUCAAUUUGUGACUGAACUAGAUAGCUUCUUAUGUUCCCUAAGAGCUCAACAGCUGCAUGAUUUCAUAGCCAAUUGCUUGUUGAUUGCAAACUGCUGUUUAUCCAGGAUAGAUGAGUGUCCAAAAUAUUGCGGCUGGCUCCAUGUUUUUAUUAGUCUAGGAAGUUCUAAAUUCUAUGUAGCACAGGCUGGAAUUUUUAUCAUGUUAUUUGACCAUUAAGAACCCAAUCAAUUUUCUAGCUUUGAUAAUGGAUGUUGGACAAAACUACAAAAUAGCACAUUGAUAAGCCAAGAAAACACUGUGUUAGAUGCAUCUGCUCUUCCAAACCAUCAUCUCAGUUUAUUUGCUAGCAAAACGGUGCCCCCACAGCCCUCCAAUUGGCAUAGAAGCUUAACUGUAUAUUUAUUUUAAUCAGAAGCUUGCCCAUGUGAAUCAGUAACAUAUGUAGUAAUAAGUCUACAUAUCUAAACCACUCUGAUCAAAAGUAAUUAAGCAUAAAUCAUUCCAUGUGCUGGAAAGAAGCCCUCAUGUGCAGACUCUAAACUCAGGGACAAGUCUCAGUCUAAGCUAAAUAUGGAUUUGAUUUUUUUAAAAAACCCUCUGGUCUCCAUAGCCACUGCCACUGCCACUGAUAGCAGAAAUGUGCAAGUCUGCAGGAAGAAAAAUUUAAGUUAAUUAGGCAGACAGAUACAAUUUAGCACAAGGAUCACAUGCAUGUUUCUCUCAUGCUUACGGGAUCAUAAUUAGGAGCCAUAAUUUCUCCUGAGAGAAUAGAUCAGGGGUGUCAAACUCAAGGCCCGGGGGCCGGAUCUGGCCAGCGGGGUGCUUAGAUCUGGCCUGCGGGGCCUGGAAACAGCGAAGGAUGGACCUGCAGUGCCUCUGCCAGUGAAAACAGAGCUUGUGUGGGCCACGUGCGGCUCUCCCAAGCUCCACUUUUCGCUGGCAGAGGGUUGCAGGAGGCCAUGGCAGCUGAAAACGGAGCUCGGGAGCCCGUUUCCUCUGGCAGGGUGCUCAGGGUACUAAAGGCGCCCCUGACACAAGUGACAUCAAGCUGGUCACGCCCCCCUGGCCACCACCAUCCCUGGCCUCACCAAGGUCAAACACAACCCUGAUGUGGCCCUCAAUUAAAUUGAGUUUGACACCCCUGGAAUAGAUGGCUUUUUUCCUCAGCAUGUAUUCAGAAAUUCCUCUGUUUUCUUUGCAUGUCCAUCCUGACAUCUGAUUGUUGAAGGACCAAUGGAUAUACAUUGCCAAAGUGCUGCCAAUAUUGUUCAUAUAGCUUCUCACUGUUUAGUUUACAUUCUUUUCUUCACCCUGUAAACAUUAGGUAACACUAAAAAUAAUUAGGCAUUCAUAGUUAGAUUUACAAUUCAACUGUGAAUGAGCUCUGUGCACAACUCUUAUACAAUGUCCAUAAUUUUCCAGUGAAUAUGUGAAAUUUUGUCAUUCAUGUAAUGUACGCACUUGUGUCUCUGUUCAGACACUGAUUAAUAUUGAAAGAAAGACAGACGGAUCCUACAGCUGAUAAUACGCCAACAGUUGUUCUAGUCUUGUGUAACUACAUUAACACAAGAUAAAACUUUAGUUCAGGGUCAGACAAAGUGGUACCCCCCCAAGCUCUCUGUUCCACCUGAUUUUUAUGCUUUUUAAAAAUUAUUAUUAUUAUUAUUAUUAUUAUUAUUAUUAUUAUUAUUAUUAUUAUUAUUAUUAUUAUUAUUAUUAUUAUUAUUAUUAUUAUUAUUUAGAGAAUAGGAAACAGGCAUGCUGCAAUGCAAAGCAAAAUGCUCUAGCACCAUAUUAAUUUGGAGAAAUGCCCUUGGGCUCAAUAAAGGCCCACUGGGAGAAUAGAAAGUACACUGGGGAGGAGGCAGUUUGUUCUCUGGCUAAAUCAGCAUUUGGGGACUACCCUUGUUCAUUGCAGCAGCCAUUAUCAAAACAGACAAAUCUGACUGGGAGCCCUUUGGGGAGUAACGCUCAUCAUGUGCUCUCAACUUUAUGAAUGCACCCCUAGGCUGAGUCCAGCUCCCUACUUGGUUAAGGGAUCUGUCUGAAGUCCCUUAGCAGAAAAAGCCCAUACACAGUGAUUUCAUUGUCUCCCUGCAGGGAACCCUGCCAGUGGCCCUGUCAUACUUCUCGUGCAAACUUUGAUCUUCCAGCAUUUGUGUACCCUGAAUGAUUUCAGUGAUAGUUGGCUGUUCUUUUAUGGGCCUUUUCAGCCUUCUAAUAAACUUCUGAUUUGCCUUAA